AUUUUUUUUGUUGUAAUUGUUUGUUUCUGGUUCGCAUAGUAAUGCGUCAAAGUUAAGAUAUUGUUUGUUAGCUGUUUGUAAUACUUAAAAACAAUCAAUGAAGAUUUGCUGAAUAUUCUUCAGUAUAAAAAUGAGCUCUUCAUCACAAGCCAAAUUUGAUGGAAAUUCUGUAUCUUUUGAGAAACAAAAGAGGAUAUUCAAAAUAAUAGUUAUUGGAGAUUCAAAUGUUGGAAAAACAUGCCUUACCUUUAGGUUUUGUGGUGGGAAAUUCCCCAUGAGGACAGAAGCCACAAUUGGUGUAGAUUUCCGUGAAAGACAAGUUGUUGUGGAUGGUGAACCUAUUAAGUUGCAGCUAUGGGACACUGCCGGACAGGAAAGAUUUCGGAAGAGCAUGAUCCCUCAUUAUUACCGAAAUGUGCAUGCUGUUAUUUUUGUUUAUGAUGUUACAAAAAUGGCCUCUUUUCAAAAUCUGUCUCACUGGAUUGCUGAGUUUAAACAGUACCAAGGACAUUGCCCUGACAUUCCAAAAAUAUUAGUUGGCAAUAAAUGUGAUUGCAAAGAGAGUGUAGCUGUAAACACAAAUAUGGCCCAGAAGUUUGCUGACAGUCAUGAUAUGCCACUUUUUGAAACUUCAGCUACUGAUGACAGUGAAGCAGAUCAUGUGGAUGCCAUUUUCAUGACUUUAGCUCACAAAUUGAAAAGCCACAAACCAAUGAUGCAAAGCUCAUUAUCCCCCAGCUACGCUAACCAUUCUUCGGCAGCUCUGAUAAAGUUAGAACCUAAUGACAACAGAGAGUCAGAGGGCAGCAGUUGUUGUUCUUGUUAAACACUUUCUUAUUUAUGACUCAUUUAUGGCUCAUUUGUGAUCUCAUUUCAAGGAAAUUUUUUCUCUACAAAGCCUUCUUGUUAAUAUUGUUAAUUAUUUACAUUUAGCACAAAUUUUUUUUCCAGUGGAACUGUCAUUUGUUUGUAAUUUAUAUAAAUGAACAAUAGUAUUCCUUUAAUAUUUAUUGUUUUACUUAGCAUUUAUAUGUAUAUAAUUUUUAUUUGCAGCUUUUAUAAAUAAAAUGUAUUACGUAUAAAUUGUAUACUGGCAGGAGUUUUAACAUUUAAAUAUUCCAUAAGGAAAGUUCCAUUUGAAAGACUUUGAUGGAAAAGGCAAGACUCUAAAUGUAAACAGUGUGAAGAGUAGUUUUUAUAUUCUCAGUCUGUGGUCUGAAUUUUUUUUUUAUAUGUUUUGCUAAUGUAAAGUGUGAUUCAACCAUUAAAGGAAUACAUGACAAGUUUUA